GUUAAGACCGCAGGCCAAAGUUUGUCACGUCAUUGCACCUCAUUCCGCGAAUCCGCCGAGUUCACUUGCAGCUUGCGGGCCCGACUACUGCAGUUCGUCGCUUGCUGUCUCCACUCACCAAUAAAGUACCCAGCAAACAUGGCCCUGAACAUGAAGCAGCAGCAGGCUGGCCUGUCGCGCAAGGCCGCGCGCUCCGUCUCGAGCCGUGCGCCCGUCGUUGUGCGCGCGGUUGCCGCCCCGGUCGCUCCGGCGGCCGAGGCCGAGGCGAAGAAGGCCUAUGGAGUCUUCCGCCUUUCAUAUGAUACCCAGAACGAGGAUGCUUCGCUGACCCGCAGCUGGAAGAAGACCGUCAAGGUUGCCGUGACUGGUGCCUCUGGCAACAUCGCGAACCACCUGCUAUUCAUGCUUGCUUCCGGUGAGGUGUAUGGCAAGGACCAGCCCAUUGCGCUUCAGCUGCUGGGCAGCGAGCGGUCGAAGGAGGCGCUCGAGGGUGUCGCGAUGGAGCUCGAGGACAGCCUGUACCCACUGCUGCGCGAGGUGUCCAUCGGCACCGACCCCUAUGAGGUGUUCGGCGACGCCGACUGGGCCCUGAUGAUUGGCGCCAAGCCCCGCGGCCCCGGCAUGGAGCGCGCGGACCUGCUGCAGCAGAACGGCGAGAUCUUCCAGGUCCAGGGCCGCGCCCUGAACGAGUCGGCCAGCCGCAACUGCAAGGUGCUGGUGGUGGGCAACCCCUGCAACACCAACGCGCUCAUCGCCAUGGAGAACGCGCCCAACAUCCCCCGUAAGAACUUCCACGCGCUGACCCGCCUGGACGAGAACCGCGCCAAGUGCCAGCUGGCGCUCAAGAGCGGCAAGUUCUACACCUCGGUCAGCCGCAUGGCCAUCUGGGGCAACCACUCCACCACCCAGGUGCCUGACUUCGUGAACGCGCGCAUCGGCGGCCUGCCCGCCCCCGACGUGAUCCGUGACAUGAAGUGGUUCCGCGAGGAGUUCACCCCCAAGGUGGCUCUGCGCGGCGGCGCGCUGAUCAAGAAGUGGGGCCGCUCCUCGGCCGCCUCCACCGCUGUGUCGGUGGCGGACGCCAUCCGCGCGCUGGUGGUGCCCACCGCGCCCGGCGACUGCUUCUCCACCGGCGUCAUCUCGGACGGCAACCCCUACGGCGUGCGUGAGGGCCUCAUCUUCUCCUUCCCCUGCCGCUCCAAGGGCGACGGCGACUACGAGAUCUGCGACAACUUCAUUGUGGACGAGUGGCUGCGCGCCAAGAUCCGCGCCUCCGAGGACGAGCUGCAGAAGGAGAAGGAGUGCGUGAGCCACCUCAUCGGCAUGAUGGGCGGCAGCUGCGCGCUGCGCGGCGCCGAGGACACCACCGUGCCCGGCGAGAACUAAAUGGAGCGUUGUGGCCGCGGAGGCCGCGGCGCGUUUGCUCUCGUGUAGCUCGCGGCGUGUUGUGGGAUGGGGCAGCGGGCGGCGCGAGCGCGAGCUCCGCGCACACGGUCGCGCCGAGGUGCCCGCCUCGGCGUGGGCGUGGAGUCCUCACACGGCGUCAGAGGACUGCGGAGCUUGGUGUGGCGUGGCGGCGGCAAGACGUGUGCACGAGCAGCGCGCAUUUGCCGCCGUAGCCGCCCAGAAGUUUUGGAGGCACUGCACUGCAGCGACGAUGGGCUGGCGAGAGUGGACUUGCGGACGGGCGGCGAGCAUUGUCUGAAACUACCAAAACACGACUGACUGACGGCAGGCGAUUGCUGACCGCGGGUGUUGUGCAUAUUUGACUGGGCUGCAUGAGGAGGUGCGGGGCAAGCGGCUGCGGACUGUGCAGGGAUGGCAGCGCGCGCCUUUUGUGGUGUGGUGAGCACAGGGCGAGGGGACGGAAGAUGCUUUUGCGUCGGCGCACGGAAAGCCGGGGGCGGGGUCAUAUGCCCUGCACACACGGGGGCGUUGAUGAAGUGUGCACGGGGCGCGCUACCGGUUCUGGGGGGGAGUAAGAGCUUGUAUGAACUGGACUGGCAUCGCUGCGUGUGCGUGUCUGGGAGCCAGCUGCGUCUGGCGUGUGUCCCGGAGUUUUCGUGCUCGCUUCCGGGCCUCAGCCGUCCCCUUGUCCUGAUCAAUCCUAAUGAGGGCGUUACGUGAAGAGAGAUCCUAUACCUAUCAUCGAGUAGAUCGUGGAGGGGUCGGCGGCGGUUGCUUUGGGCGUCGCCGCCGCCGCCUCACUCCGAGACGUAAUGUCUGUGCCCCCAUGCCGGCAUGCGGCGCGGGAGGCCUCGGAGAACUCGAGGUUGUGCGGAGCAGGCCGCGAAUUUGAAGCGGCCCUAGUUCUGGCACGCCCUCACACAUUGGUCGUGAGCGGUGGAGACGGUGCGGAGGGCUUGGUUUUGCUGAUCGGCAGGGCUGCCUCCGUCCGUGGGUUGAUUCGGCUUUUGUCUCAGGCGGGGUACUGGUAGCCUCUAGACUGGGCAAAAGUAGGCUUAAAAACUUGAAACAUACGUCGUAGUUUGUGGGUACAGAAGUAUUUCUUUUGUGGUUGGUUGAGACUGAAUGCGCACCUGGUAUGGGUGUUGGUGAGGGUUCUCCCCUGCCGCGGACGCUAAGCCACGCUGGCAUGCCCACGGGGCGGUCGGCAGCUUGCGCCGUCACAUGGAUAUGCAGGCAGCAGCACUCGGGAGGGCGGGUGGAUGUGCGCGUGAUGCGUUCCCCCGCCUGCCCGUGCCCGUGCCGCCUUCCAUAACACAGAGCAGGAGGAUGGCGAGGGAUAAGAGUUGCUUGAUACACAAAUGUGUUUGAUCUAUGGGUUAAGUUGGUGCAACGGCUACGAAUGGUACCCCGCAAGAGAUGUGAGGUAACAACCGACGCAGAGGCGGUGGCGGAGAGGUCAACACGAUGCAGUGGACGUGUGCCAUGGGCAUGGAGCGCGCGCGCCGGUGGCGGGCCGCAUAGGCAUAUGCCCACGUGCGGCAUGACCGUCUGCCGUGUCUGUAACCUGUUCGGCAU